AUGCUCCGCCGUCUCCCCUCUACUUCCUCAUCCCUUGCCAGCUUCUCGCACUUGCUACAGACCACGCGCAUGUCGUCGUCUCCCGCGUCAUGCCGCGCCUUUUCGCUGCUGUUCCACCGUCUCCAGCAUCUAUCCGAAGACUUUUACGUAGUGAGCGCCGCCCGUGGUAUUGCUACAGGUCCACCCACUAACGAUGGCCACAAGAAGAAAGUAAUAGCUAGUGGAGAAUCGCUCUGCUGUCCGCAGUGCAGUGCGCCUCUCGUUCUAGCCGAGCCGCUCAGUGCGGACAAGUUGACGUCAUCAAACCCUUCGUUACCCAUCACUUCGGAUACGUCAUCUUCAUCUUCAACUUCAACUUCAACUUUGUUUUCUGAGUUUAAAAAGGGCGAUGUCGUCAAGUGCGUCAAGUGCAAUUUGCACUUUGCACUUAAAGCGCAGACUUCGGCGCCGUCGAAUCCUACGUUCCUCAAUGCCGCGGCGGCAGCAGCACUGAGCUCUUUGAGUUCUUCGUUGUCUCCAGGCAUGCAGACCACACGUGGUUCCAAUCUAGGUGGAUCCACGUACAGUGGCUACUUUCCUACCCGUCCCGGCCGCAUGACUGCCGAUGGCGAGACAAAAGCCAGCUAG